UUAAGUUAAUGGGCAGCAAUGGAGUUGGUCACGGUGUGUAAGUAGAUCAUGAGAAAGUGGAGCGAAUAAUAACACGCUGUCCUGCCAAUUGGUCGUUUAAGAUUGGUCGACUGGAAAGCUUUUAUUGUUGUUAUUGUCGUCGGUCCAUAACUUCACGUACUCCGCACACACACACACAGAGGCACACAUACACAUAUAUAGACUUACAUACAUUCAUUUCAACAAACCAUGCUAUAUACUCUCAGCUAUUCGGAUGACACGUAAAGAAAAAUGUAAACAUUCUUUAUUUCAAUUAUAUUAAAAAAGAAAAGAAAAAAGAGAAGUAAAAGAACAGAGAGCAGCUUUUUAUUUCUUCUUUCUCUCCUCUCUUCUCAUGAUUCUUUCGAUAUAAGUUUUAUUAAACGAAUAUUCUUUUUAGAAAGAAGCUUUGUUGUGAUACACAAUGGAGAUGGAGACUAGCUUUGUAACAGCAGACAACGAAUCCUCAGAAUGUGUGAAACGGAGAGACGGUUUCUACCCGAAGUUAGAGAAGAGGGACUCUGGAAUUACUGCCGAUUCGUCUUAUUCUUCGACCUCAUGGCGAAACAGUUAUGAAGAAACUCCAGAAUAUGAGAACAAUGUAUUCGAACUGAGUAUCGAGCGUUCUUCAAGCGGCUCAACUUUGGAUUUGAGUCAACCAAUAGACAACCACCAGCCUAUGAAAACAUCAGAUAAAAUAAAUCAUUCACCUGGAAAAUGGGCUGCCGAGAAGAACAUUCCAGGUGAUUCCUUGGAGGUGGAUCUGUUGGAAGUGGCUAAACGCCUUAUUGUUUUCGAAAUGGAUAAAAAGAGGCUAGAAAUUCCUAAAAUUGAAAUCAAUACUGUACCGGAAGAAAUCGAAGACGAAGAGGGGAAUAUCACAAAUGGUCAAUCAACGUUUAACUUAAAUCGUGAAAGAUUCCAAGUGAUCCCAGUUGGAACCCCAGUAAAAUCUGCCCAGAGAUCCAGACGGUCUAGCGAUUCCUCCCGAAUUUCCGAUGGUGAUCGCAAAGUAUCAAUUUCCAUAAUUGAAGAUGAUUUUCUUUCUCCGAAAAGUGCAUUUCAAGGUCACCGUAUGUCUGUUGACUCUAAUUUUAGCAGCCAAACUAUCGGUACGCACACGCACGAAGCUUUACCACGUGCUGAAAACUAUCGGGAUCUUUUGUCACACGUGACUAAUAUGAAGUCUCGACCAACUUUAGAUGAAUUACACGAAAGACCCAGAAAACCUUUCCCUGCUGUUGAAAGAAAGAAAUCGGUAUCUGUCGCCUACUCUGGCAUCAAAUUUGGAUGGAUCGAAGGAGUCUUGAUACGUUGUAUGUUGAAUAUAUUUGGAGUAAUGUUAUUCCUGAGAUUAACCUGGAUUACUGCUCAAGCAGGGAUUGGAUUAUCGUUUGUGAUCAUUCUACUUUCUUCCCUUGUCACAAGCAUCACUUCUAUAUCAAUGUCAGCGAUCUGUACAAAUGGAGAAGUAAGAGGCGGUGGGGCCUAUUAUAUGAUAUCUCGUAGUCUUGGUCCAGAAUUUGGCGGUGCUAUUGGCGUUAUAUUUGCUUUGGCUAAUGCUAUUGCAGCGGCAAUGUACAUCGUUGGCUUCGCAGAAACGGUACAAAUUCAAAUGGAGAAGCAUGACUUAUUUAUAACUGGUGUGGCGGAGAACGAAGUACGAAUCAUUGGGAUUGUCACAAGCUUUGUCCUCUUGGCGAUCAUUUUCAUUGGAAUGGCUUGGGAAUCAAAGGCGCAAAUAUUUCUAUUGGGAAUUCUUUGUGUUGCUAUUCUCAAUUAUUUUGUGGGUACAUUCCUUCCAGUCACCGAAGAUCGUAGACGUGAAGGUUUCAUCGGCUAUAACGUAUCAAUAUUGAUCGAUAACUUUCUGCCAGACUUCCGAGGAGAAUCAUUUUUUAGUGUCUUCUCCAUUUAUUUUCCUUCAGCAACAGGUAUUUUAGCCGGUGCUAAUAUCUCUGGAGAUCUUAAGAAUCCUCAAACAGCCAUUCCAAAAGGAACAUUUCUGUCUAUUGCUGUUACAACCUCGCUUUAUGCGAUGAUUUGUUUUACUGGUGGAUUUACAAUGAUGAGAGAGGUCUUUAUUCCGAGUGUAACUGAUCUUAAUAGUACCCUGCUGAACGAAACUUCUUUAAGCUACCCUAUAGUGUCAGAGACCUCACCAGCAUGCCAGCUGUACACCUGCAGAAAAGGUGGAUUACAUCACGAUAACAUGAUUAUUGGAAUCGCAUCUGCCACAAAAUACUUAAUUUUGGCUGGAAUAUUCUCUGCCACUUUAUCUUCGGCUCUUGCAAGUUUAGUCAGCGCUCCAAAAGUUUUGCAAGCUGUUGGCAAAGAUAAAAUAUAUCCUUGUCUAUUUUAUUUCGCCAAAGAAUCCGGUCGGAACAGAGACCCAAGAAGAGCCAUCUUAAUCAGCUUCGUUAUAUGUUUGGCCAUGAUCUGUUUAGGUUCGCUAAACGCUAUAGCACCAAUUAUAUCCAACUUUUUCCUUAUUGCUUACGCUCUCAUUAACUUUGCCUGCUUUGAUGCCAGCAUUUCCAACAUGCUCGGUUUCCGUCCAGCCUUCAAGUAUUUCAACAAAUGGCUUAGUUUAAUAGGCGCGCUUCUGUGUGUCUUUAUUAUGUUUUUAAUUCAGUGGUGGGCAGCAUUAAGCACAUUCGUUCUUUCUGCCGGACUUUUCCUUUAUAUCCGCGUGAAAAAACCAGAAGUCAACUGGGGAUCGUCUUCACAGGCUCAUGCCUACAAGAAUGCAUUGACAUCGACGCAUAAACUGGCUCAUAUUGAGGAACAUGUUAAGAACUUCCGGCCUCAAAUUUUAUUGUUGUGUGGCUAUCCUAAAAACAGACCAGAUCUGGUGGAUUUCGCAGCAUCGAUCACCAAAAGAAGCUGCUUGCUUAUAUGCGGACAAAUUUUCCUGGGAGACCUUGCAAAACACAAGAAACACCUGGGGUCAGCAUCUGUUUAUACCUGGUUCAAGAACAGAAAAAUAAAAGCUUUUUAUAGUAGUGUAUGCUCAAUUAACUUUCGAGGUGGUGCACAGAAUCUUUUACAGAUAAACGGUUUAGGAAAACUGAGCCCCAACACCAUGCUAAUGGGUUUUAAAAGAAAUUGGCAAACUGAUACAGGAUCAAAUGUCGACGAUUAUUUUAACGUGAUUCAUGAUGCCUUUGAUCUGAAUUAUGGUGUUGGUAUAUUACGUGUACCAGAUGGAUUUGACACGCAAAGAUUCGAAGAAGAAAAUUUAGAUCAAGAAGAAUCGGAUGCCGAAGUGGAAAGCUCUGACGAAGAAAGUCCAUGUAGCGAAGACGCCAUUUCUCGAAUUGACGAACAACGCACAUCGAUUCAGAUAACAGAUGGCGAUGUAAUCCUUCAGAGAUUUGCUCGCAAGAAAAGCGGUUUGGAUAAUCCUGCAUACACAGAAGAAGUAAUGAAGAAUCCAUUGCCAGAAGAUAAUCCGGUAAUAGAAGUUGAAACGGAACUAGAAAACCCGUCACAGUUUAGUAAAAAGCAAGAAGGCACCAUUGAUGUUUGGUGGUUAACAGACGACGGAGGUUUGACGCUUCUUGUUCCUUACAUGCUAUCUUGUCGGAAGAAGUGGAAGAACUGUCGUCUAAGAGUUUUCUGUGGAAGCAGCAAAAUGGGUGACGUCGACAGUGAACACAGACGGAUGGUGAUAUUACUCAGCAAGUUCCGUAUAGAUUAUUCACAAAUAACAGUCAUUCCUGAUCUUCGACAUAAACCCUCACAAACCAGUAUGAGAGAAUUUUAUGCACUGGUUCAACCCUGGCUUUUGAAAAACUUUGAAGAUCAAGGUUCGUAUCCAUGGAAAGUUUCCGAAGCAGACUUACUGGGUAAUAAGAUGAAAACUUACAGACACGUCAAAUUGCAUGAGAUGCUUCAAGAACAUUCCAAGACUGCAAGACUUGUAGUUUUAACGUUACCAGUGCCACGGAAGAACACUUGUCCGGCCGGUCUCUACAUGAGUUGGCUUGAAACGAUUACGAAAGACAUGCCUUCAAUUUUAUUGCUUCGUGGUAACCAGCAAAGUGUCUUGACGUACUACGCCUGAUCAUAUUACAUCACUCAGUCAGUCUGUCAAUAACUCCUCUCAGAUUUGGGGCUUUUCGCUAGAUCCAUUUAUUACUCUACGUUUCAAACAAGCUAAUACGACAUCCCUGAAUUUGAAAAUGAAAAAUAUUUUAACAGAAUUUUACUUACCCUAAUUUUAGUGAUUUUAAAACCCCAACAAAAACGGGCAUUUUAUGACAACGAUAAUAAUAAUAAAGAUUAAGAAAAAAA